GGAGGCGAGGGCAGCAGUGAGCGUCCAGACAAACAGCUCUGUCCUACCACCAGCUAAAUAGCCAGAUUCUAGCAUUCAGUACAGGGGCCAGCCUCAGCCAUGGAAGAUGCGUACAUCAGACACAUUGAGCUGCUGGGCUUCGAGAAAAGGUUUUUUCCAAGCCAACAUUAUGUUUACAUGUUCCUGGUGAAAUGGCAGGAUCUAACCGAAAAACUAGUCUAUCGAAAAUUUACUGAGAUAUAUGAAUUUCAUAAAUCCUUGAAGGAAAUGUUUCCCAUUGAAUCUGGGGACAUCAACAUUGAGAAUAGGAUCAUCCCUCACUUACCAGCACCCAAAUGGUUUGAUGGCCACCGGUCUACACAGAACAGACAAGGCACGCUGACUGAAUACUGCUACACCUUGCUGAAUCUGCCACACAAGAUUUCCCGAUGCUCCCAUGUUCUGAACUUCUUCAAAGUCAGGCCUGAUGACUUGAACCCACCCACAGACAGCCACAUCAAGAAACCAGAGACAUUUUUAGUGCCAAAGGACUCCAAGAAAAAUGUCGCAGACAUUACUGGCCCCAUCAUCCUGCAGACGUACCGAGUGAUUGCCGACUAUGAGAAGAACUCCAGCUCCGAGAUGGCUCUGAAAACUGGGGACAUGGUGGACAUUGUGGAAAAGAGUGAAAGUGGCUGGUGGUUCUGUCAGUUAAAGAAUAAACGUGGCUGGGUCCCAGCCGCUUACCUGGAGCCUAUGGAAGGUCCUGAUGAAUCUGAAGAGCAGGAUCCGAACUAUGCAGGGGAGCUCUAUGUUGUCAGAAAAGGCUACACAGCUGCUGAGGAUGAUGAGCUGACACUGAAAGAAGGAGAUGCCAUAGAGGUUAUCCAUAAGCUACUUGAUGGCUGGUGGGUUGUCAGGAAGGAAGAAAUCACCGGUUACUACCCCUCCAUGUAUCUGCAGAAAUCUGGGGAAGAGAACAACACUGUGAAGAAUGAGCUGAGAAACAGAGGCGCCCCUCCUCGAAGGUCGACCAUCCGAAAUGUCAAGAGCAUCCACAACCAAAGCCCGAAGCACAUCAGCCAGGAGACAUACAGACGGAACAGCAUGAAGUAUAGGAAGACGCAGAGCAAUCUCCAGAACAAGUCCAACAUGAUCAGAGAGAAAAAUGAAAUGGUGGAAAACGUGUCCAAGGCCCAACCGGCCGUUCCGCCACGACCCAGUAAGGACCUGAUCAUGAAUCGUUGUACAGAGAGCACGAAGAGCAAGAUCAAAUGAUCCCAUUGGGGAAAAAAAUAAAGCUGAUGCUUAUUCUUUGCCAGGACUCCAUAGCCAGACUGGACAGUUCUGUUGAAUUUCGGCACCUCUACAAGAGCAGCAGUUCUCAUAGAGUUUCUCAGAGCUACAGGUUAUGGAACUUCAGUUAAGAUUCCCCAUAUAAUUCAGUCUCUCAACAAAUCUGAAUUGUUUUAAACUUGAUGGGCCAAAUUUAGUCUUCAUUUAUACUUGUGCAAUCCCAGGGAGUACAAUGAGGCUGCAUUGGUGCACAUGAGGACAGAAUUCUGCAAGAUAUUCUCAGUAACUGAUCACAUUUUUUUUAACGUUUACUAUGAACUGCUACACAAAAUACAGUUG